CUUUUUAGCGACUGUCACCGAGUUGCACAACGAGAUCUGAGUUUCCAACAGCGCAUUAAAUCAUCGUCACUAUCCACACGUAAGGGAUACGAGGAAGAUUUCACUGACAUCAAGAAGGAUUUUGACCAGAGAGACCCAGAAAUGACCGAGGAGCGCGACAAGUCCAUGGCGGACGCACCGUGCAGCCCGACAGGUACUUCCAGCUCGGCGUCUCAGGACGAAUCGGAUUCGGACGCUCCCUCUUCGCCGGCCGGAUCGGACAGCCAAGGAUUGCUCCACUCGUCUGGCAAAAAAAUUGAUGAAGAUGAAGAUGACAGGUUCCCGGCAUGUAUCCGGGACGCCGUUUCCCAGGUGCUCAAAGGCUACGACUGGUCUCUGGUGCCGAUGCCCGCACGAGCCAACGGCACACUGAAGAGCAAGCCGCACGUGAAGAGGCCCAUGAACGCGUUUAUGGUGUGGGCGCAGGCGGCACGCAGAAAACUGGCCGAUCAGUAUCCUCACCUUCAUAACGCCGAACUCAGCAAAACCCUGGGCAAACUCUGGCGAUUGUUGUCAGAGAAUGAAAAGCGUCCGUUUGUAGAGGAGGCCGAGAGACUGAGGGUACAGCACAAGAAGGAUCACCCUGACUAUAAGUACCAGCCGAGGCGUAGGAAGAGUGUGAAACCAGGACAAAGUGACUCUGACUCUGGUGCCGAGCUAAGCCAUCACAUAUACAAAGCUGAGCCAGGCAUGGGUGGCCUGGCAGGAUUAGUGGAUCAUCAUCACACAGACCAUCCAGGUCAGCCCCAUGGACCACCAACACCACCAACAACUCCUAAAACUGAUCUUCACCAUGGUCAUGGAAAGCAAGACAUGAAGAAUGAAGGCCGACGUCACCUGGACACUGGUCGUCAGAACAUUGACUUCAGCAACGUAGACAUUUCCGAGCUCAGUACGGAUGUCAUGAGCAACAUGGAGGCCUUUGAUGUGCGUGAGUUCGAUCAGUACCUUCCUGUCAAUGGGCACUCUGUAGCCUCUUCCAUGGUUUCUGAACCCAACCCUGGUGUAUACGCUGCUUCAUAUAGCCACUCUGGGUCCAGUGGGACUGCGUGGAGCCGGAAAGCAGCCCUUUCUUCCUCUUCCACCUCGGCCUCUUCCUCUGGAUCCAGUGACAUGGCUCAGCAUAGACCACACAUCAAAACAGAGCAGCUGAGCCCGAGUCACUACAGUGAGCCCUCUCACAGCUCACCCUCUCACUCUGACUAUGUCUCCUAUGGUGCUCAGAGUUGCACUACAUCAACUGCUCCUUUCCCAAGCUCUCCAUGCGACUAUACAGACCUGCAAAGCCCUGGCUACUACAGUCCAUAUUCCAGCUAUGCGUCCAGCCUUUACCAAUACCCCUACUUCCACUCAUCAAGGAGGCCCUAUGGAGGCACCAUUCUCAAUAGCUUGUCUAUUCCACCUUCUCACAGCCCUACUGCGAACUGGGAGCAGCCGAUUUAUACUACUCUAUCAAGGCCUUGAUCAGUUAGUAUAACGCUGUCUGUACUGUGGAAGCACUUCUGAAGGAAUAGCAGUAGCCAAGACAAGAAGGGGUAUGUUUGCUUAUUCAAGGGUAGAAGAAGAAGAAAAAGUGCCUGCUGAAUUUGCCCACCCCCAAACAAACUUUUAACCAUGAACGGUGCAUAGCCUGGUAGCGCUAGUACAGCAAACAGAAAUCCUCUGUGAGGACCACCUGUCACUGUUUCUCUCCAUUCCCCACAUAUAGGCCUACUCUUGGAAUUGUAUUUUUUUAAUGACUGAGUACAUGCCACUGAUUUGUGUAGGAGAGAAGCACAUGAGUAUGCCAAAUCUGUUUAAGAAGCAGAUGGAGAAAACAGAUACACACAUGCACUGGGACCAAUUAUUUUAAAAAUAUACUCAACCAGAAAGAGUCAACUAUAAAAGUUCUCUUGGUCACCGACUCCUUAAUUGUAAUAAAAAUAUUUCUUCCCUUUUUUGUUGGAGAAAUUCAAUAUCUAUUUAUGUUAAUUGUUCUCUCAUUCUUUGUGUUUAAGUUGUAUAUUUGUAUAAAUUCUGUUCGGGGUUUCUGAAAGGUUCGGGUAUGAAAAUAUAGAAUUUUGUGCUAUUUUACAAUCAUUUGUAUUAUUGUAGCUUAUAGCAUUCCUGGAAAGGAACAAAACACACACACAAACAAACACACACACACACAUACACACACACAAACACACACUCUUCCAUUCCAUAUGAUUUAAAUUAAGCAAAUGAAGCAAGAUAUGAGGUAAAAGAGGCCAAUAUAUUACCAUGUGGUGCAACAGGCACCUGGGGUAAUUGUGUUAGGUGUGUACAAGCCAAAUUAGCCCUAUGCAGUUUGUAGUCUUUUUUUUUUUUUUUACUACUUUUUAAAGCCAAACCCUUGAAAAUUAUAUGAUAAAACAAAUAACAAAUUGUCUGACAUUUUAUUUUCAAGGGUAAUGAAAACAUGCAUGCACACUAGAAAUAAGCAUCUCUUUAUAUCUGAUGUUUUGGUAUUUAAACCACUAUGGAGCUGCCAUAUAUAAUUUUCCUUGUGUGAUUAUGUUAAUUAUGUUUUCAUUAUUUUGAAUAUUUUUUAAAUCUUGUUGAAUUAACAUGUUCACCCCACUGUCUCAUCAUUUGUGUUUAACCCGUUGUUUCAGAAAUGUUUGCCGGUUUCAUAGUGACAUUUGAGACUCAUAGCGUAAUUUUUCCUAAACAUGUUGGUUUAUUCAGGCUGUGAAAAGCCAAACAGUGUUCUUUUGUUUUACUGUUGUCAUUUUUUAAAGUUGGCUAUGAAUUUUUUUUUCUGUGUUAACAAAGCUAACCUUAAUUGCAGGCCCUAUCUGUGAAAAACACAAUAAAUCUUUUUUUUUCCUGAA